CGGCGAGGUUUUUCUCAACCCGUUUCGUGACCCGCAGCCUCCACCCAAGCGCCAUGGCUCCGGCUAGGAAGGGCGGCAGUCGGGUGGCCAAGACCAACUCGGUUCGGAGCCGGAAGCUGGCUUCCUUUCUUCGGGACUUCGACCGUGAAGUGCAAAUACGAUCCAAGCAAAUUCAGUCGGACAGGCAGAACCUCCUCAAGGAGAUGGAUAACCUGUACAACAUCGAGAUCUUGCGGCUCCCCAAGGCGCUGCGCGAGAUGAACUGGCUCGACUACUUUGCCCUUGGAGGGAACAAACAGGCGCUGGAAGAGGCAGCAACAGCCGACCUGGAUAUCACAGAAAUAAACAGACUAACAGCAGAAGCUAUUCAGACACCCUUGAAAUCUGCCAAAACACGAAAGAUAAUGAAAGUGGAUGAAGUGAUAGUGGAAGAAGAAGAGGAAGAAAAUAAGAACAAGAAUCUUCAAACUGCAAGAGUCAAAAAGUGUCCUCCAUCCAAGAAGAGAACCCAGUCCAUACAAGGAAAAGGCAAAAGCAAAAGGUCAAGCCAUUAUAACACUGUCACCCCAGCUGUGGGCCGGCUGGAGUUGUCUAUGGUGAAACCAACUCCAGGCCUGACCCCCAGGUUUGACUCGAGGGUCUUCAAGACCCCGGGCCUGCGUACUCCCGCAGCCAGAGAGCGGAUCUACAACAUCUCCGUGAAUGGCAGCCCUCUUGCCGACAGCAGAGAGAUUUUCCUCACGGUGCCAGUGGGCGGUGGAGAGAGCAUGCGAUUACUGGCUAGUGACUUGCAGAGGAUGGACAUCGCACAGCUGGACCCAGAGGCCUUGGGAAACAUCAAGAAACUCUCCAGCCGCCUCGCCCAGAUCUGCAGCAGCAUACGGACUCACAAAUGAGGCCGCUGCGCCGCGAAGCCAAACCUGACUCGAUGGACCCUCAACGGGCACUUCCGGGACUCUGAGGAGACCUCUUCCCUUCCGGCUGUUUGUUUGUGUGUGAAGUUCCAGAGCAGGGAGUGGUGUUCCUCUGGGAGAAUUUGGGAAG